UCAAGAUCAUUUUGCGACGUGAGGGAAUGAAAGGGUUUUAACAAACAAACCAAUUAACAAAACGCAAAAUAACCCAAAAUACGAUAACAAAAUAAUUGAAGUAACCACACCAAGUGAAGAGAAGGAGCAAACUCUGUUAAGAAAAGGCAAUAUCACAACAAAUAAGCUCCAAAAUCCAGUGAAACCCACCUUGAUUAGAAGAGAAAAAUUAGGAUUUACACACAAACGGAUCCCAUUUCACAAAAUCCGACACACACACGCACAGAAGUAAGAAAAAGAAAGAGAGAAAGUUGAAAAGAAAGAAAGGAAGAAAUUAGGGAGUUGGGACUAACAUUCAAAGCAGAGAAGCCAGAAAAAGAUUAAGAAAACGGAGGAAAAUAUUGCUUGGCGGCGUGUUAACUCUAUACAAAAGUGGGUGUAGGUUAAGGCUAGUCCGAGUAAACAACGGCUGAGUCCUGAACUUUGAGAGAGAGAGAGUCCAGUGGAGUAACGAACAGAGACACACCUCUCUCUCGUCUCCGACACAAGAGACGUGUCCUAAACCAGAACCCACGAAAGAGAAAGAGAUGUAAACGCACCGUUUUGUGCAAACCAUUUACUUGUGUUAGCUAACUGAAGCUGCAGGUGUGGGGUUCAUUACGUAAUUUUGGCCGUUGGAGUGCAAUUGUUGAAAUUAUGGUGGUUUACCCGUGUGCAGCCUAACGAAAGGAAAAUCUCGUUGUGGUUCGCCUUUCGCUUAUGAGCAGCAUCAAAUAGACUUGGUUUCCUGAAAGAACUUCUCAUGUCAAGGCCCUGCACCUGAUCAUUGACUUGCUUGGUAAUACUGGAGGUUCCCAAAGUUCAUUGGGAAGAUGCAGGUGGAUAGAGGGAGGUAAAAGCCCAACUAAUGGAAGCAGUGGAAUGGCCUCAAAAGCACCAGGAUGCAUUCCAGCGCAUUGGCACCCAUCAUCGGAUGGGAUUUUAUUGUGGUCCUCCUGGUUGUAGCAAAACUCUGAUGGCACGUGCAGUAGCUUCUGAAGCUGGACUGAAUUUCUUUGCAGUGAAUGGUCCAGAAAUUUUUAGCGAAUGGGUUGGUGAAUCAGAGAGCUGCUAGCUCAUCUUACUGAGGGCUGUACUGGAGCUGAUUAUCACUGAUCUGCUGGGAAGCAGCUGUAGUAGCCAUUGAGGAGUUCAUUGAUGCUUCUGAAGUAACAAUGCAACAUUUAAAGACAGAAAUUAACCGGUCCAGCCAUCAGAGAUUGAAUCUUCUCAAGUACCAACUAAAUUUCAAAGGCUGGUUCACUCUAAUCAUUGACGUGAUGGAUUUGAUAAAUACUCUUUUUUACUUCUCAAAUGCAUCUCUCCGUUUGUCUAAACAGCAGUCUAUUCUUUCAGUUUGUAAACUGAAAAGGAACAAACUACUUGGUUUUUAGUGCAUUUUGUAAAAUUACCAUCCUUUUCAUCUCACCCUCCUUUCAAUGGCACUGGCCAAAGAGAUCCAUCAACGUUACGAAGUUUGUAAUCUCCAUUUUAGGAAGGCACCUGAUAAGAUCCUCCGUUCAGUCCCUAUAUCAUUUCAUGAUUCCAGGCUCAAAGUCUGCAACAUUUGACAUCUACUUUGAGCAACAUUUGGUGGGUGACUCCAGCAUUCUGUUGUCCUAUCUACUGGUUUUCAUUGAUGAAUUGGAUGCAAUUGCUCCUGCACGAAAGGAUGGAGGUGAAGAACUAUCUCAAAGAAUGGUGGCCACAUUAUUGAAUUUGAUGGAUGGGAAUAGGAGUGAUGGACUACUUAUUAUCGCUGCUACAAACAGACCUGACAGCAUUGAACCUGCAUUGAGACAACCUGGAAGACUUGAUAGAGAAAUUGAGAUAGCUGUUCCAUCUCCAAGACAACGACUCAAUAUACUGAAUACUCUUCUCGAUCAAAUGGAGCAUUCUCUUUCAGAUAUGCAGGUUCAAAACCUCGCUGUUGAUACACAUGGCUUUGUGGAUUGCACUGUGAUAAAAAGAUCCGGUUGCACUGGUGAGAUGCAAGAAAGCUAUGCAGUUUCUGCAACUUCAGGCCUCAUUUCUAUGCCUGUAUCUUUGGAGAUUUUAGCAUCUUGUUGCUCCAAUGUGACUGUUUCUGGAAUUUCAGAAAGCAUUGAGAAUGACACUAAUUCUCACGGGGCUUUUGUGGCGGAGGAAGAAAAUAUCUUAAAAGUUGCUUUUGAAGAUUUUUAGAAGGCCAGGAUGAAAGUGAGGCCUAGUGCCAUGCGAGAGGUAAUAAAUGAGGUUCCGAAAGUUAAUUGGGAAGAUGUAGGUGGCCAGAGGGAUGUAAAAGCUCAACUAAUGGAAGCAGUGGAAGGGCCUCAAAAGCACCAGGAUGCAUUCCAGCACAUUGGCACCCAUUCCCCAAUAGGGUUUUUAUUAUUUGGUCCUCCUCGUUGUAGCAAAACUCUCAUGGCACUUGUAGAAGCUUCUGAAGGUGGAUUGAAUUUCUUUGCAGUGAAGGGUCCAGAGCUUUUUAGCAAAUGGGUUGGUGAAUCAGAGAAGGUCAUAAGAUCCCUAUUGGCAAAGGCCAAGGCCAAUGCUCCAUGAAUCAUAUUUUUUUAUGAAAUUGAACAUACUAGUAAUGCAUAACAAUUUAUCAAUGCAUGAACAGACUAAUAAUGCAUAACAAUUUAUUGUCAAA